CCCACCUCACGUCCCCGGCGCGGCAGCGGCUGGCUCAGCUCUGGUUGUGUUUGAAGCAGAGAGGAGUUUCUGUAACUAUGGCGAGAUCCGGACAGGAGCAGGAAGCCGAAAGCACAGCUGCAUUCAAGGUGCUAAAGCGGGCGAUGGAACUGGACUCGGAGUCCCGGUACCAGCAGGCUCUGGUGUGUUACCAGGAGGGGAUUGACCUGCUCAUGCAGGUCCUGAGAGGCACCAAAGAUGUUACAAAGAAAUGUAAUCUCAGAAAACAAAUUUCUAGCUACAUGGAUAGAGCAGAAAUAGUGAAGAAAUACACGGAUCAAGAAAAAGAAGAUGGAAAAUAUCAUCGGCAGAUUAAAAUAGAAGAGAAUGCAACAGGUUUCAGUUACGAGUCACUUUUUCAAGAAUAUCUUAAUGAAACAGUCACAGAAGUUUGGAUACAAGAUCCUUAUAUUAGACAGAUUCAUCAGCUGUAUAACUUUCUUCGAUUUUGUGAGAUGCUUAUUAAGAGACCAUGCAAAGUAAAAACCAUUCAUCUUCUCACCUCUCUGGAUGAAGGUAGUGGGAAAGAGCAGCAAAGUAGUGGCCUGCAAGAAAUAAAAGAGUCACUCAAGAAUCAUGGAGUGCUGUUGGAAUUAGAAUAUUCUUCUUCAGUACAUGACCGAGAAAUUAGGUUUAACAAUGGAUGGAUGAUUAAGAUUGGAAGGGGACUUGAUUAUUUUAAGAAACCACAGAGUCGUUUUUCCCUUGGAUAUUGUGAUUUUGAUUUAAGACCAUGUCAUGAAACAACGGUGGACAUUUUUCAUAACAAGCACACAAAAAAAAUAUGAUGGGCAGUAACUUAAUUUGCAUUAUAUAUUUAUAUUUUAAGUGAAUAUUGAUUUUGGGUUUUUUUUUUUUUUUUUACUUUGGACAGAUCAUUUCUAUAAUUAUGUAUUCAAUAAUAAAUGUUUACAUUUCUACUAA